ACACAGGACACCGAGUGGAUCACACACACUCAUAACACACACACACACACACACUUUGACACACACCGGUGGAGUAUCAGCGCUCGGAUCAGGACGGACAUAAGGGGAGAACUGCACCUGUCCUACACACACACGCACACACGCGCGCAGAGGAUCUGACCGGUCGUCCCUAUGUGUGGAUGGGACCAAAGUUACACGGCGACCUCUCAUAGCUCGGCCAUGUUGACCAGUGAGGGGGCGCACACCAUGGAGCAGGAAGAAGCCCACCACGGAGCCAAGAUUGCAGCCACAGCGACCACCACCACCGCCAGCUCCGGCUCAGAGACGAUGACCGACGUGGACAUGGAGACGGAGAUGGACGACGCAGACAUGACCCGGUGGACGGAGGCCGAGUUUGAGGGGAAGUGCACGUACAUGGUCAAGGAUACGGACGGCGACGCCAUGACGACGACGAGAGCGGAGGCCUCGCUGCCCCGAAACCUCGCCUUCAAACACCCGGCCGACAGCAAGGAGGUUUUCGGUGUGUGCAGCAGGGAGUACAUCCCCAAAGGAACUCGCUUCGGACCCCUGGUGGGCGAGAUAUACACGGCCGACAGCGUGCCCAAAGACGCCAACCGGAAGUACUUUUGGAGGAUCUACGAGGACCGGGAGUUCCACCACUUCGUGGACGGGCUGGACGAGAGCCGCUCUAACUGGAUGCGCUACGUGAACCCGGCCCACUCAGAGGCGGAGCAGAACAUCGCCGCCUGUCAGAACGGGAUGGAGAUCUACUUCUACACCGUGAAGCCCGUCCCCCCCGGCACCGAGCUGCUCGUCUGGUACUGCCACGACUUCGCCCGGCGCCUCCACUACCCGCCGUCCGGGGAGCUGAUGAUGCAGAAACUAAAGCAGUCCCUCCUGGAGGUGAAGCAGCAGCAGGUGAGCAGUGAGGAGCGCUUGGUCGACGCCUCCAGCCCGCCCCCCGCAGCGGUAACCCCCGUCCAACCCAAGAGGGAACACAGCGUCCUCUCCAUCCUCCGAGGCACCAACUGCACGUCCUCUUCCUCCUCUCCUUCCUUGCCGAUCAAAAGGGAGCCGAGCCGGCCUCUUCCCACCCGCCCGCGCUGCGCCGACAGCCCCGAGCGGCCCCUGUACCCUCGAGCUCUCUACCCGGGUCUCAGGCCCCACACUCACAUCCCCGAAGAUUUCCUCGGACACAAACACGGUUACCCCGCUACCCGGUCGCCAGGAAAUCAGUCCUCGGCGACGCCCAGCCCGUCGGCGAGGAGCAGCCCAGACAGCAGUCCUCAGGGAAGCCCCUCGGGCCCGGCAACAGGGUCUUUCUACCCCACUGGACUCAGUUCUUACCCUGGUUACUCCCCACCACCAACCCCUUCAUCCUUCUACCCUCCAGGAGCCUCGUACUCACGCUACCUCCUUCCCCAUCACUACCCUCUUCCAGGCGGAGGCGUCCCUACCGUAGGAGGUAUCUUCCCCAGGAUGUACCCCCUCUACAUGCCCCCUCACGUGUCCCACCUGCCCGCCGACGCAGCAGGAAGGCGCUUCUUGAUGCCCGAUCGUGUCCACCUGUCCUCCAUGUCGUCCCACAGGGAGUUCCUCCUGCCCAGGCCCAGCAGUGCCUUCUCAGCUGCCGCCUAUCUGAAGGACAAACGGGGGCUUCAGCACCAUUAUCACGGACACCCACAUGGACCCGCCCCCUCCAGAGGCUCCCCGACAGCGGGCACAUCCCCUCCCAGCGAGCGGCUGCCCACCAAGCCUACCUCUGCCAUGCUGUGCAACUCGAGCGAUGACGAGGAGGCCAUGAACCUGUCCAAAAUGAAGCGUGGCCCCGGGUCAGCGGGAUACAAGGCGCUGCCGUACCCACUGACGAAGCAGAACGGGAAAAUCAAGUACGAGUGCAACGUGUGCAGCAAGACCUUCGGACAACUGUCGAACCUCAAGGUUCACCUUCGUGUCCACAGUGGCGAGAGACCCUUCACAUGUCAGACCUGCAGCAAAGGCUUCACCCAGCUGGCUCACCUGCAGAAACACUUCCUCGUCCACACCGGGGAGAAGCCACAUGAAUGCCAGGUGAGAAACAAUGAAAAUUCAAUCGGCUUAUUUACCAGACAGAUGAGUUAA